UUUAAAAAGUUACCUAACCUCAAUGCGAUAACUUCCUCGUUAAAACCAAUUAUCAUAAAUCGGAUUAAAAAAAUAAAUAAAUAAAGUGCAAAAGAUCAUCAAACUUUAAUUUUUAAUGUUACGUGUACUUUUAUAAAUAGAAAUAUCUGAAAUCGUAUAAAUAGCACUCUUAGCCAACAUAACCUCAACUCGUUAAAAAAAAUGUCAAGUUCGAAUUUGUGCGAAAGUCCGGGUUGUAAUUUGCCGGCGAAACUUCAAUGUCCCACGUGUAGACAGUUGGGUAUUCAAGGGUCGUUUUUCUGUAGCCAGGAGUGUUUUAAGGGCAACUGGAAAACUCACAAGAUCAUCCACGCUUUAGCUAAGGGUGAAGCCGUUGAUGGGAAAAAAGAAAAUGGGUAUAAUCCGUGGCCCCAUUACAAUUUUACCGGAGAAUUAAGACCGUUUCCUCAAACUCCUAUAAGGACCGUACCCGAUCGUAUCCCUCGCCCAGAUUAUGCUGAUCAUCCAAAAGGUUUCCCGUUAUCUGAACAAGCUGUUAAAGGAUCUAGUCAAAUUAAAAUACUAGAUGAUGAAGAAAUUGAGGGAAUGCGAGUUUCUUGCAAAUUGGGGCGUGAAGUACUUGAUGAAGCUGCAAGGGUUUGCGAUGUGGGUGUAACAACCGAUGAAAUAGACAGGGUUGUUCAUGAGGCUUGUCUCGAAAGGGAUUGUUAUCCAUCUCCGAUGAAUUAUUACCAAUUUCCAGCUUCUUGUUGUACUUCUGUUAAUGAAGUUAUUUGUCAUGGAAUACCCGACACUAGACCUUUAAAAGAUGGGGAUUUAUGUAACGUUGAUAUAACUGUGUAUCAUAAUGGUUUCCAUGGGGAUUUAAAUGAAACGUUUUUUGUUGGAAAUGUUUCUGAGAAACACAAAAAUCUUGUUAAAGUAACCCACGAAUGUCUUAUGAAAGCCAUUGAAAUGGUAAAACCGGGAGAAAAAUAUAGGGAAAUUGGAAAUGUUAUACAAAAACACGCUCAAGCUAAUGGAUACUCAGUUGUGAGGAGUUAUUGUGGGCAUGGAAUACAUCGUUUGUUUCAUACAGCCCCGAAUGUUCCUCAUUAUGCUAAAAAUCGAGCAGUUGGAGUAAUGAAACCAGGACAUUGCUUUACUAUUGAGCCAAUGAUAUCAAUGGGAACUUGGAAAGAUGAAAUGUGGCCUGAUAAAUGGACUGCGGUUACUGCAGAUGGACAAUUCUCAGCUCAGUUUGAGCAUACUUUAUUAGUAACCGAAACUGGGUGUGACAUUUUAACAAAGCGUAGAAAUGAAACGGGUUUACCACAUUUUAUGGAUAAAAUGUGAUUUUAUUAAAAACGAAAAUAUGUAUCCAAACCAAAAUGUAACGAUUCAGUGCCUAAAUAAAGAAUUAAAAAAAAA